AUCAGCUCCAAACUUCAUCACCCGUGUCUCCCAGCAUCUAUUUUCCAUCACUGUUACCUUCAAUCACUUCUAAUUCCUGUCUUCCACCUUCCAUCCUCCACCCCCCUCAUCUUGCACCUUCUACCUCCCAUCAUCUUCCUUUCACCAUCAUCCACCUUCCACCUUUUACCGUCUUCCACCUUCCAUAGCCUAACUUUCACCGAUUUCUUUGCUGUUCUGUGGCAGGGCUCUUGAAGCUCAUCUUACAGUGUGCUCUUUGUGAUGGCUGCGGCCCCUUCUCCUCGUCUUAGUCUUCCAUCUGGUUUUCACUGCUCCCACACACGUUCCCUGGAAUCCCCAGAUCAUAAUCAGUGAAUCACAAACUCUUAACCAGGUUGGGCCUUACUUGUGUGUGUAUAUCCAUACAUAUGUAUAUGUCACAUAUGCAUCAACAGCACCCAGUUUUUGUAUUAAGAAUGGUGAGUAGAUUCAAAGGGCACGAUGCAUGUAGGAGUUUAGUUUUUUUCUCCAUUCCAUUAGGUAGGUAGGAUAAGAGUGGAUUUUAAGGAUUAUAUAGGACCCUGUACUUUGCAAAUUCAUUCCCCAACCUUUAGCUCACAUAUCCUUCUAAGAAUUCUGGUGGGACACAAAGAAUCAGAGGAGGUGUCAUCACCCCUCACAGACAAGGGACUUGAGGGCCAGGCAUGUGGGUCCUAACUCAGGACCCACAGUUGAAGGAUGAAAUAACUGGCCAGAUGAACCUUGGGCAGGCCCUUCCUCUGUUUGGUUCUAUAUAAACCACAUGCCACAUCCAUUUUUCUGUUAGAUAAAUGGAGACACAGAGGCUUGCAGGGAAAGAGAUGGAGAGAUUGUCCAAGUGUUUUUUAGUGGAGCAGGGAUUUUUAUUUCAGGACUUGACCAAAGAUGGGGCUCUAGUGUGUGAAGAUGGUGUCAAGAGCAGGGACUUCUGCUCUCUAGAUCCCAACAUCCCAGGACACUGGAUUUAGAACCACGUGCCUCUGGGGGUUCUGCAGGCUUGAAUCUGGGUUCUGUUUGCUAAGCGGAAUUUUCCAACCCCCAGCCAGGAAGCUGGCAGAGCUAGCUUGCUGCUAAUUUCAUUUUCCUAACUUACCAGCUUGGCAAAGCUUGGCCUCUCCAGCUUCAGUCUCUUGGAACCUCAUUCCCACCUUUCUUAGCCAAAGAAAGCAAGCAAGCUGUGACUCACCAGAAAUGUUCAUUGCUAGUUUCUAGCCAUAAAAAAAUGAAAAUAUGUACAUCUGCAGAAGUUCUGCCCUUAUGUCCUAGCUCAGCAGCUUCUGCCUGCCGAAGAGAGGCUUGGAUACAAGAUGGGAAAAGCAAAAGAGUCACUCACAGUGGGAUUGAGAGAGGGAAGGCUGGCUCACUUCAUUUUGGAAUCCUCUAAAAAGAGGACUGCAACAAGCAAUGGUAGCACAGGAUGCUAGGUAUUAGGCCCAGGGGACACCAGGAAAAUGAACAGGUGACCCCAGGGAAAGGAGAAGCAAAGGUUCGUGAGGACCGCCAUCCUGAUCUGUCACCUGUGCUCCAGAUAUUGUUUGCUGCAAUCCCAGGGUAAUGCAGAUGGUACAUGGGAUGAGGCAGCAGGCAUCCCAGGGCCCAGCAGCCAUGCAGGCUUCCAGCCUCACUAUGCACCACUCUUAUCGUAACCGUCUUGAUUCCUAUGCUUCAUCUAUGUUGGUUUUUACUUUGUCCCUUAAAUACAUGCACCAAAUUCCCUACCCCUAAGGGAGGCCAUGCUUUUCCCCUUAACCCCCUCCCAUUCUUCUUAGAAGCCUGCCUUAUCUACUCCUUCCUCAUAGACACUUCAGUGAAUCUCAAAGUCAGGCUUCAAGCCCCUUGCUCUGGGCUCUCGUGGUAUGGUGUGCCCCUUUACUCUAGCACUUUCUGCCAAUCUGAUUCUACCCCCCCCCGAGACGCCCCCAGUAUUCUGUCCGCGCCCCCCCCCCCAGUACUCUGUCUACUAUGUGGAGAACAGGAGUCACACAUGUGCUCAAUGUCAUCUUGGGGCCUGACCCCACAGAAUGCACACCAUAAAGGCACUGCACAGAUGUGCCAGUGAACAGUGGCCAGGGAGCUCUUUUCUGGUGUUUAGUGGUGUGGUUUGAGUAGCUAGGCCCACAAGCAUAGGUGAUCUAUGUAGUGUCAUAUCACUAGAAGGUAGACAAAGCAGAGUACCACCCUACCUUACCUACUCCUUCCUCGAGGACCCUUCAGUGAACCUCAAAGUCAGGCCUCAAGACCCCCAGGUCCAAGUGUCUUUCUGUUUUAUCUUAGUGGCUCUUCUUGAUGGCCCAGUGGGGUAGUAAGGGUCUAGUACCAUUGUCGCUGAGGUCACAGAUGCCAGCCAGCCUUCUACAGAAGGGCUAGCUCUAACUUUCCUGGCUGUGGAUAGCCCGCCUGGCAUAAUAGCUGCUUUUGGUUGCUGUGAUAAACACUAUGACCAAAGGCAACCUAUGGAAGAAGUUUACUUUGUUGGCUUAUGGUUCCAAAAGGGAGGCCAUGUCUGAGAAGGCAUGGCAGCAGACAGCCUUAGCAGAAAGCCAAGCAAUCAUAUCUUCAAUCACAAACACAAAGCAAAGAGUGAGCACUGUAAGUGAGGUGAGAUUGCGAACUCCCCAAACCUCCAGCAAGACUGUACCUACCCAGACCAGGGACCAGGUGUUCAGACAGAGGAGCCAAUGGAAGACAUUCUUCAUCAAACCACCAUGCCUAGCUUUUUGUUUGUGUGAGCUGGGCCCCACACGUGUGCAUGGAAACAGGGCAGGGAAGAGAUAGGAAGGCAGAGCCAGCUGAAUCCCAUGCUGGGCGGAGCUUCAGAGUGGGCAUGCUGCUUGUGAAGGCAGCUAUGGCUCACUGUCCUUGCCUGUCCCUUCCUUAUUCCUAGCCAUGGGAAUCAGGAGAGUUGCCUCUCUCUGAUUGCAGCCUUGUCAGACUCUCAGGGGGAGGGUUCGUCUCCCUCCAGCCAUACCUCUAACCUUUGCUUCAUUCCCCCAAAGGCCACUUCUGCAUCCUGGGUGCACAACCAGAAAAUGGGUGUCAUCCGGGAGUCUCCCUCCUCACCCCCACCCCUCUCAGUUGGCCCCCAGCUUCAGUCAAUACCCAGGUACUGACUCCUUUAACUUGGCCCCUGGAUGUCACCCCUGUCCUCCCAGGGUCCCACUGUAAAGGCUGAAAAGACACUUUGACCCCUGUACUUCUUUGGCCUAGAUCAGCGCUGCUCAAUGUGGGUCACGAGUUGAAUGACCCUUUCACAGGGGUCACCUAAGAUCAUCUGAAAACACAGAUAUUUACAUUAUGAUUCAUAACAGUAGCAAAAUUACAGUUAUGAAGUAGCAGUGAAAAUUGGAGGUCGCCACAACAUGGAGACUGUUUUAAAGUGUUGCAGCUUUAGGAAGGCUGGGAACCACUGCUCUAGAUCCUUCUAUUGCUCCCUGACGAUUCAGGGUGAAGAACAAACUCUUGAAUGGUACUUAAAGGCCCUUUGCUGUUGAUCUCUACCAUAUUCCCCAGCCCAUUUGUCACCCUGGGUCUCACCCCAGAGCUUCGGGUGGGGCCCCUAAGCUGCCCUUCAGCUCAUCAGCGUGUUUCUCCUUCUUGCUGGCCCUUUGGUAAUAGUUCUCCGCCCAGCAGGUUCUACUCUGAGAAUGUCCAGCCCUUGAUCCUCAGUCUAGAAAGUGUUAUCUGAAAGAAGACAGCACCGACCACCUUACUUCUGGGUCUGGUAUGGGAGGCUCUGCAGCCCCCUUCCCACGGAUACACUACUGAGGCUACAGCAUUGUCUCCUCUCUCUCUUGCAUCUUUCUUAUUUAAGUGGAAGGCUCAGGCAGUGGCUCGCCAGAGAAUUUGAGCUUCACACACAUAGCACCUGGAUGAACUAGUGCAUGUGAACAUGUGUGAACACAUGUACCCACACAUGUGAAUCCAUGUGAAUGCAUGCACCCACAGAGAGACAAUGAAUGGAAGCUUGAAAGAACCCCAGACCUCUCUGACACAAGUUAGCUGCUGAUGUCUCUCCCUUCCUUCUCCUCCUCCUCCUGCCCCUCUGCUUCCUUUUCCUCCUCUUCCUGCUCCUCCCUCUUACACUCGUCCUCAACCCAUUCUUGGGCUUUGGCACCUCCUGGCCCACAGGUCUGUCCUUUCUGUCUGUCUGCUACCAUUAUGCUCUGGCCAGGAAACCUAAUUAAAGACCAUCAUUAAAGUCAAUCUAGCACUUCCGAGUGCUAGUUUCAAAAUCACUUGCCUUUUUGCUUUCCUCUGAAACGUCCAUAAUUUUUACACAUUUAAUUCCCCAGAUGCUGUUCAAUUCUUGCAUCCCAGAUUGAGCUAAGCCCCUGAAGCAAUUUCAGUAACAGCUCAAUUAUGGCAGCUCUCCUUUAAUCCUUUGAUUCCCUUCACCACCCAGGAAGCAGUAGGAAGUGGGAUGGGAUGUGUUCUCUGUCUGCCCAAACCUGCUUCUUUCCCUGCAGCUCUCCUCUUAGUCUGCAUCCUUGGCUUCCUCCCAGUUGCCUGAAAGCCAAAUCUCAGAAUCAUCGUUCUCUCCUUCUACUCCCACUCCUAUUUCCAGCAACUCUUCAAGAGAAACGUACCCUGUUGAGGAGUGUUUGUCUAGACUUCAGUAAUCCCAGUGCUACCACCCAGUAUUUACCAACUCUCUUUGCCUGAGCUGAGAUUCCUUCAUGAGUGGUACUCCUGUCUCUAGCCUCAUAUUUAUGUCCAUACUUACCUACCUGCUCAUCAGUCUAUCCAUUCAUCAUCUAUAUUUUCUAUCCAUCUACCUACCCACACAUCUAACACCUGUCUGUCUAUUGAUCAUCUAUCAUCCAUCAUCCAUCCAUCCAUCCAUCCAUCCAUCCAUCCAUCCAUCCAUCCAUCCAUCUACUCUAGCCACCUACCUCCAUAUCUGUCCAGCUCAUUCAUCUACCCAUCCAUCUGUCCAUUGUAUGCAUCCACCCUACUUUCCCGCCAAUUUCCCCUCAGGGAAUUUUUCCUGAAACACACACUAGUUGUAUAACCUCUGUGACUUCCCCUUUCCUGGAAGAGGAAUUCUGAAUUCUGACUACGGAGUAAAAUAUUUUGAAGAAUGUUUUUAAAAUACUAAUAGCCAGUUCCACCUUAGAGCAUCAGACUCACUUUGUCCUGGUAUAAAUUCCUGAGGUUAUUCUAUAGUGUUACAAUGAAUUCAAACUUCCAUAGCCUAGAUGGUGGAAUCCCAACUACUUUGGCCUGACACUCCACACCUGCUGCAAUCAAGCCUCUAUCCUGUUUUCCAGACUCAUGUCCAACAUUCUUUCAGUACCAUUCUCAGAAUUCAGGGCUUCCUUAGAUAAUUUGUUAUUCAGUCUGUGUCUGUCUGUCUGUCUGUCUGUCUGUCUGUCUGUCUGUCUGUCUCUCUCUCUCUCUCUCUCUCUCUCUCUCUCUCUCACACACACACACACACACACACACACACACACACACGUGAUUGGAAACCGCAUAUCCAUCAUUCAAAAACCCAGUACAGGGCUGGAGAGAUGGCUCAGAGGUUAAGAGCACUAGCUGUUCUUCCAGAGGUUCUGAGUUCAAUUCCCAGCAACCACAUGGUGGUUCACAACCAUCUGCAAUGAGAUCUGGUGCCCUCUUCUGGCCUGCAGGGAUACAUGCAGAUAGAACAUUGUACACAUAAAUGAAUAAAUCUUAAAAACAAACAAACAAAAAAACUGUACAAAUGUGAUCUUUUCUCAAGGGUCACUCUGCCACAGCAUCUGCUUUGUGGUUGCCAUCUGGCUGAGCCCUGAGCACAGUGAGUACAACAGAAAUAGUACCUGCUCUUUAGGAGCUCCCAGGAAGGUAAGAGAUGGGGUAUAGAAAUUAAAGGCAGAAUGUUAUUGGGCAGCUUUCUAUAACCUCGAGGAAUUCCAUGAGAUAGUCAAUUUCUAAAGAUAAAAGGGUUGGGGUUCUCUGGAGCUAAUGGUGGGCUUUGCUUCUAAUAUUUCUUUCCACACUAGAAAGCAUGAUAAGAGAAAGAUUGGGGCUUGAAGAACGAGAACCCCAGCUCAGGAAGGAUCAAUAUCUCCUGUCGCCUGUGAACUGUUGGUAUCUGGUACUGCAUCAGACCCGGCGGGAGAGCCGAGACCAUGCCACCCUCAAUGACAUCUUCAUGAACAAUGUCAUCGUCCGCCUUUCCCAGAUCAGUGAGGAUGUCAUCAGACUCUUCAAAAAGAGCAAAGAGAUUGGCCUGCAGAUGCACGAGGAGCUGCUGAAGGUGACCAAUGAGCUCUACACAGUCAUGAAAACCUACCACAUGUACCAUGCAGAGAGCAUCAGUGCAGAAAGCAAGCUGAAGGAGGCUGAGAAGCAGGAGGAGAAACAGUUCAACAAGUCAGGAGACCUCAGCAUGAACCUGCUCCGGCAUGAGGACCGGCCCCAGCGCCGCAGCUCUGUGAAGAAGAUUGAGAAGAUGAAGGAGAAGAGGCAGGCCAAAUACUCUGAGAACAAGCUUAAGUGCACGAAGGCUCGCAAUGACUACCUGCUGAAUCUGGCAGCCACCAACGCAGCUAUCAGCAAAUACUACAUCCACGAUGUGUCUGAUCUCAUUGAUUGCUGUGAUUUGGGCUUUCAUGCCAGUCUGGCCCGCACCUUUCGGACCUACCUCUCAGCAGAAUAUAACCUGGAAACCUCUCGCCAUGAGGGCCUGGAUGUCAUAGAGAAUGCAGUGGACAACCUGGACUCCCGGAGUGACAAGCACACGGUCAUGGACAUGUGUAGUCAGGUCUUCUGCCCGCCACUCAAGUUUGAGUUCCAACCCCACAUGGGGGAUGAGGUGUGCCAGGUCAGUGCACAGCAGCCCGUCCAGACAGAGCUGCUUAUGCGGUACCACCAGCUGCAGUCCAGGCUGGCCACUCUCAAGAUUGAGAAUGAAGAGGUUAGGAAAACCUUAGAUGCCACCAUGCAGACCUUACAGGACAUGCUGACCGUGGAGGACUUUGAUGUCUCUGAUGCUUUCCAACACAGCCGCUCUACAGAGUCUGUAAAGUCAGCUGCAUCUGAGACCUACAUGAGCAAAAUCAACAUCGCCAAAAGGAGAGCCAACCAGCAGGAAACAGAAAUGUUUUAUUUCACAAAAUUUAAAGAAUAUGUGAAUGGCAGUAACCUCAUCACCAAGUUGCAAGCCAAGCAUGACUUACUCAAGCAGACACUGGGUGAAGGGGAGAGAGCAGAGUGCGGCACAACCAGGCCCCCCUGUCUUCCCCCUAAACCACAGAAAAUGAGGAGACCUAGGCCUCUUUCAGUGUAUAGCCAUAAACUCUUUAACGGCAGUAUGGAAGCGUUCAUUAAGGAUUCAGGACAAGCUAUACCACUUGUAGUGGAGAGUUGUAUCCGCUUCAUCAAUUUAUACGGACUCCAGCAGCAGGGGAUAUUCAGAGUUCCAGGGUCUCAGGUUGAAGUCAAUGACAUCAAGAAUUCCUUUGAGAGAGGUGAAGACCCCCUCGUGGACGACCAAAACGAGCGAGAUAUCAAUUCAGUUGCUGGUGUUUUAAAACUGUAUUUCCGAGGACUGGAAAACCCACUCUUUCCUAAGGAAAGGUUUCAAGAUUUGAUAUCCACUAUUAAACUGGAGAACCCAGCUGACAGGGUGCACCCAAUCCAGCAGAUCCUCAUCACCCUGCCCCGUGUGGUCAUCGUGGUCAUGAGAUACCUCUUUGCUUUCCUCAAUCACCUUUCCCAGUACAGUGAUGAGAACAUGAUGGAUCCCUACAACUUGGCCAUCUGCUUCGGGCCCACCCUCAUGCACAUCCCUGAUGGGCAGGACCCUGUAUCCUGCCAGGCGCAUGUCAAUGAAGUCAUCAAAACCAUCAUCAUCCACCAUGAAGCCAUCUUCCCCAGCCCACGGGAGCUAGAGGGACCUGUGUACGAAAAAUGCAUGGCUGGAGGGGAAGAGUACUGUGACAGCCCACACAGUGAGCCAGGGACCAUUGAUGAAGUUGACCAUGACAAUGGCACAGAGCCUCACACCAGUGAUGAAGAAGUGGAGCAGAUUGAGGCCAUCGCCAAGUUUGACUACGUGGGGCGGUCCCCUCGUGAGCUGUCCUUCAAAAAAGGGGCCUCAUUGCUCCUGUACCACCGUGCCUCAGAGGACUGGUGGGAGGGCCGUCACAACGGUGUAGAUGGACUCAUCCCUCAUCAGUACAUAGUUGUACAGGACAUGGACGAUGCCUUCUCCGACAGCCUGAGCCAAAAGGCUGACAGUGAGGCCAGCAGUGGGCCACUGCUCGAUGACAAGGCCUCCUCCAAGAAUGACCUCCAGUCCCCCACAGAGCACAUCUCUGAUUACGGCUUUGGGGGGGUGAUGGGCCGAGUGCGACUACGGUCUGACGGAGCGGCCAUCCCCAGGCGCCGAAGCGGGGGCGACACACACAGCCCACCCCGGGGCUUGGGUCCCAGCAUAGACACACCACCCCGUGCUGCUGCCUGCCCCAGCAGUCCCCACAAAAUCCCCCUCAGCCGGGGACGGAUUGAGAGCCCUGAGAAGAGGAGGAUGGCGACAUUCGGGAGCGCUGGCAGCAUCAACUACCCUGACAAGAAGGCGCUGGCAGAAGGGCUCUCCAUGAGGUCGACUUGCGGCUCCACCCGGCACAGCAGCCUAGGGGACCACAAGUCCCUGGAGGCUGAGGCCCUGGCAGAAGACAUCGAGAAGACCAUGAGCACAGCUUUGCAUGAGUUGCGGGAACUCGAGAGACAGAACACGGUCAAGCAGGCGCCAGAUGUGGUGCUGGACACCCUGGAGCCCCUGAAGAAUCCACCAGGCCCCAUCAGCUCGGAGCCCGCCAGCCCCUUGCACACCAUUGUCAUCCGAGACCCUGACGCUGCCAUGCGCCGCAGCAGCAGCUCAUCCACCGAGAUGAUGACCACUUUCAAGCCUGCCCUGUCGGCUCGCUUGGCUGGUGCCCAGCUGCGUCCACCCCCAAUGCGUCCAGUCAGACCCGUGGUCCAGCACCGAUCCUCCAGCAGUAGCAGCUCAGGCGUGGGCAGCCCUGCUGUGACACCUACCGAGAAGAUGUUUCCCAAUAGCUCCUCGGACAAGUCUGGCACUAUGUGACCUGCAGGACCGGUGAUACCGCCAUGGCCCACUGCUGCACACCAUGGCCUAGGGUGGCCUUGGUGGCUUCCACUUGCUUCCCAGGGAUCUUCUGGCCUUGGAGGGCAGAUCCUAGAAGGUCAGCCUGGGAGGGUAUAUGUCUGUGGAGAGCAGAGGCCCAGGUGUUAGCUGCACCUCCUACUCAGCCAUGUGAAUGCCACAGACCUCUUGUGGGCAAAUAGACAUGCCAAGGAAUGCUGGAACAAGAUCAGUCCCAAGGACAGUGUUUCCUGAGAUUGAGGCAGAUGCUUACCAGCUUCUCAUAUUGUCACUGGAAAAUUAUUCUCUCGAUAUUCUCUACAUACGUAUAUGUGUGUGUGUAUAUAAAUACGUGCAUAUAUACGCAUAUGUGUACGUAUGUGUCUGUAGGUGUGUGUAUAUAUAUUUAUGCAUCUAUAUACAUAUACUAGAGAGCUGGACAUACACACAUGCUAACUGUAUAUAGACGCUCCUUUUUUUCUUUUUAUGAAACUUAGAUUUACCUCAGACCCAUGCCACCAAACAUCUCCCACUGUACUCGGUGGGAUUUGCAGGGACUUCUCUGGGAGAACUUAGAGGCCCCACAGUUAACUGCGAACGAAGCAAUAUACCACUAACUGCAGAGACACAAAACCAGAAACAGUCUCCAGAAGUUGUGGCCUUCCAGAACAGUCUGCCCCUCAAGGAAGGGUGGGGCAGGCGGUACCCCCAAGCAGGCUGCUCCUAAAGGUGGGGGGACCCUUCAUAGAAAACCCUCCAUACACCCCCAGAGACCCUGCCCUGUCAUCUGGAGGCCAAAGGUCAACCUAAAAGGCACAGGGGAGGUUGGUGUGAAGACCCUUGGGUUUGUAUGCAGAAUCCAGGUGGUGAGAUGCUAUGUUCCAUUCUAGCACAGCAUUACCUGUGGUUAGGGAAAAAAAGAACAACAAAAAACCCACAAAAACCAAACAGUAGUAUGGAGUAUUUCACACCCUAGACAUACUGAAGGGAUAAAUCUGUGGUGACUAUGGAAGUUUACUUCUCAAUAUUUCAUGUUUUUCUUCUUCCUCUUUCUACUAAUUAUGCUAUGUCAGGUUUGGAAUGAAAUGGGCGAGGAGGUGUUGAAUCACAUCAUUUCUUUUGAAAUUAGGCCACAGCACACUGUGCUUCCCACCAGAGCCUCCGGUGCCCAGUCAACCCUUGGCCUCCGUCCUAGGAGGGUUGUGCUAGGAAACACCAUAGGGCAAGAUUUUAUGAAAGUGGAAGUGCUCUCCACCCUCCCUCCCUUCCCUCCUCUUCCUCCAUUUCUUCUAAAGCAGUUAAUGUAGACAAAACGUGGUGGUAGAAUCAAGGUUUGUGAUUGCAAUAGGACAAAAAAGCCUUCUGCAUGGCUCUUUUUUUUGUUUCAUUUUACCUGCACUUUUGUUGUCUCCAUUUUCCAGAUAAUUCCAGAUUUUCUGGUAAUGCAUCACAGGCAAAUCUAAUCCUGAUGGGACCAUUUCUGCUCUUCCUCCUUAUACCAAACCAAGGAUCUCCCUGUUCUCUCUCUCUCUCUCUCUCUCUCUCUCUCUCUCUCUCUCUCUCUCUCUCUCACACACACACACACACACACACACACACACACACACACACACACAUAUACAUGGACCCCUUCUGGAUGGCUCUCUGCCUGUCUCAGUUUUACAGUACAAAACCCAGAAUUUGAGUCACAGCUCCCACCAGAUAGGAUCUGUGUGACCCUUGAAUACAGCACUCCUGUAAACUACAGACACUUUGAAAUGUCAUCCUUGGCUUUUCUUCCCAUUGGGCUUGCUUCUACCAUCUCUUGGGUCCUCCAUUAAAAGGCAAUUUGCCCUCUUUCCCAGGGAGGGAACCUAGUGUGUCACUGGUACUUGGGUGUGGGGAGAAUCACUUUCUGCUUUGCCUGUAAGGUCAGCACUGGGUAGAAUAUGGAAUCAAAAAUGGGCACAAAAUGAAAAUGUCAGGGAGAGGCCAAGCCACCAAGCCUUCCUUCCCUCUCAACUAUUGCUAUAAUGGGCCCUCUGUCUUUGAGCACAUAAAGAACUCUCCAUUUUAUAGUUGAAGAGAGUAAGGCCUGGGGGUGGGCUGGAACCUGUGCAAGAUAUGUCAGAUGGCUUAGUGGGCUUCAUCAGGUCAGGUUCUGGAAGCCCUCAUUUCCAAGUGUCUGCUAUCUCUGCUAUGCACCCAGGAGAUAAGAUGUCUCUUUUGUAUCCCAGGGCUAUCCCCAGAUUUUUAAGUCCAUUUACCUCCCAGGCAAAAUGCAACAUUGGCUGCCUGAAUACUGGAUAAAAGCAAAAUUGAGUUUACAAAUCUAUUACCUGACACACCUAAUGCCAGUUAUGCUGUGCAGAUUCGUCUCUGGGUUGACUUAUUUCAUUUUUCCUUGCUGCUUCUCCCCAAAUGUCCCAAGAGCAGAGCCUCAGCUGUUUUCCUUAAGCAUCUAUUUUCCCCCCAUCGGCAAGUGGCUGAUGAGUUCACAUUUAGGGAAGCGCACGCACAGAUGGCAGACGAGUCCCCAACUCCUCCAACCCCCAACCUGAGCUUCGAUGCAGAACAAAUGGAAAAACACUGUCCACCCCCAUCCCCGACACACACUUCAUCUGGUCCCCUGCAUGUCUCAGCCACCCCCAGGCCCCAACUCAGUCCCAUCCGUGUCUAUCGAGUGUGAGCAUCUCCCUUCCAACUCCUGCCUGUUUUUAGUCCACUAUAUAUUGCUGUAUUUGUUAAAUGCUGGAAAGUAACUGUUAAAAUGUGAAACUGUAAUUUUUUAAAAGAAGGCUACAAUUGCAUUAUAGCCAAUGCCACUCACCAAAUCUUUGCACCUAGUAGAUAGAUCAAUGUAAAAACAAAUACCAGAAACCUAAUUGUACAGUGAUUGGGGUGGGGGGUGUAGUGACAUAGUUAGUAGCCCUCAAUAUAGCCAAGCGUACGAGGGGAAGUGGUGUCUAUCAAUGUUCAUCACCAUUAUUGAAAGCUGUGCUGAUCAGUUAGUUGAUAACGGGCAUUUAAAAAAAUUAUUUUGGCUUCACAGAAUGAUUUCUUAACUUCCAACUCAUCCGAGGUCAAGCCUUUUGUCUUUAUGUAUAACCGGUGUUCAGUCUGUUUUAGGAAUGAACCAGCAAGAUGUUCAUUUAAUUAAAACUGACCAAAGACAAUUAAUUCCUGGUCUAGUUUCCUGGGCACUGUGUGGCCCAGCUGCCACUAAAGACCUUUCUCCGAUCAAUUUGAGAACAAGCUGAGCUUCCGACCCCACUCGCCCUCCCUGCCCUCCCUUCUCUUUUCCUCAUCGAGCUGCUCUGAGCUGUGGGAUCCUGUGAACAAAUGUCACCUUUCCUUGUUUUCAGUGCUAACUUUUCACCUUGAAGCGCCUUUUGAACCCCGCCGGACAGAGCACACAACUGGAGGGAAUUGUGGGCUUGGGAGUUAAGACUAGAGAGUCUUUUCUCUGAAGUCACUAAACCAGGGGUCAGGAGGGAAAUGGAUUCCUAAGGAACAGAAAGGUUUAUAUCCAGUGAAGAAAUCAAAUCGGAGUGGGAAGAGACACAGGGAAAUGGAGCCGUCCAUUGGCUACUGGCUGGAACCAGCAGUUCAGAGAUCUGCCUUAUAAACACUUAAAACAUUUGUGGUACACAAGGUGGGGAGCUGGUGGGAGAGAAACCUGUACAUGGGGCUCCCUUCGUUGGCAUCUCCUGGAGUGCCUUGUUGGGUGCAUUCCUUUCUUAUUCAGGAGUCAUGGAUGCAGAGGACAUCUCGUGACCUGGUACCUGGUCAUCGUUGAGUGGCCAGUGCACAUACAUUUGAAACAAUUGAUGGAAAACCCUGAGGACUCACACAAUGGCCUCCCUCUUAAGCCUCUCUAUUUCCAAAUUCUCAUCUUCCAGAUGGCUCCACACUAGAGCGAAGGCCUCAUUCUCUUGAGAAACCCAGAAAGGGGUGGAGGGGGCUGGUGCUUCUAGCUGUGGUAAUGAGUCCUGCUGGGCUGGAAGGGAAAGGAGUGAUGGAGGAAAGGCAGGAAGGGGUGAGCUGAGACAUUGCUUAGCUGAUUUUUUGCUAUGCUAAUGCGGACAGUGCAGGUCAACUUCCCUGGUUCUCUGGGGUCUCUUCUCCACUGAGCUGAAUUGCAAGUGGAGACUUCCACAUACUCAAAGCUGCCCAGGGAAACUGCCAGAAGGACUUCACUGUCAGUCUGAGACCUCCUGGCCUCUCUGAGGUUGAUCUGCCAGCAUUCUAUUGUCCCAUCAUCUGGGACUGGCCAAAGGGCCAUUGCUGCCCUUUGCUGACACCUCCUUUCUGUGCAAACUGUCCCAGGCAAAUCAAAGCUGUUCCUUGAAGUGGAACUGCCAGAGUGCACUUUCCUUCCCUAGAUGGAAGGGGGUUGAGGCUAGCUCUGCUGCCCAGGCCCUCAUUCCAGGCAGUGUGACUGUUUACAUGGUUUGGCAAUAGGUUUGCUUCUGAUUGCUUCAGAGUGGCUGGUCUAUUUUGUUUUCUUUGCUUUUAUUCUCCCCUCAAAUUGUGACAGGAAAAACAAACUGAAACCACCCUAAGAAAUUGCUGGUUGCCUGUCCCCAUGUGAUGCUGUGUUGCCCUCUUCUGGGUAUCAUUUCUCUACCUUAUGACCAAAUGCCCGUCCUAUAGAGUGUCUGAUUGGAUCCUCUGUUGCGUAUUCUGAUGGUGCCUGCUGGUUUGAUGUGGAGCUAUCCUGUGAAAUAAAACAGCUUAACUUUUUUCUCAAACCUA